UCAAGGAAAAACGGUAUUGUGAGUUCACGGCUGCUGAGAAAUUUCAGAAAGCAAUGGACAGGAAGCGCCUUGCACUGGAAAGGGCAACGACUGUUUACAUGGAAGAGGGUCCGGUACCGGCCAAUGACUUCCGUCUGGAGGGCGGGCCACCUGGAUGUCAGUCCGAUUCCUUGGUUACAAAUGGUGGCAAAGCUGGAGUUGCUCACCCGAAAUGGACAGAGCUGAUUAAUGGAAACAAAUACAAGAUCAUCUUCGAUCUUCCUCAGGACGUCGAUGAAAACAUUAAAAAGGACGCAGCGGCCAUUCUACUUUUUAUAAACGGAAGGUGGAAUUGUCGCUUGCCGGAUACCCGUUUUCAUGCGUAUAACAGUCACUCUAACGGUGGAAGCGGUGACACCAAGAACAAGAUCGUUUCCUGUUUUGGCUUUGUGAUGACGUAUGACGAAGAUACCGGUCAGUUUUCUGUGACAGACGCAAACCUAGAAGCCUCAAAAGAGGUUUUAGGGAGUCUGUCCGGUAUUAACACAGAUGCGAUCGCUGGGCGAGCUGAGUAUGUCAACCCGAUAGAGCGCUUAGGACAAAACAGUGGAAAUCUGGCGAGUAUUGUCCAGGCACCUUGCACUGUGAAGUGGUCCAACUCCUACCAGAUAGAUCCUACAAUUGAGGGUGGACAGUGCCUCUACUUUGUUGGAGCAUCUGCAGGCGAUUUCUUUGUAAUGUUCUCUGUCAUCCCGAGGGACAAGACCACCUGGUUCCAUCUUCAGAUCAGUCUUCAAGGCGUGGCACUCUACAAGGGUAUGAAGUUGGUCAAAUAUGAGGAAGAGAUUGCCGCUCGGGGUCUUGGUGCCUCCAACCUGUUCCAGCCGUACUUUAUUUGCCUGGACGAGGAAAGCUCCAGAACCUACAUCAAGUAUGGAAUCGGAUCGGACACAUCCGAGAAAGGCAAAGUCUACUUGUUCUACGACGAUGAAAACCCACCAUUAGGCAUUCGGUACUACUCAUUUGGGAGUGGGGAAGCCAACGUAGAGAUCAUGGACGCGCGAGUCAUCGAAGGAAGCAAAGCAGGAGACUUGGAAUGUACCGGAUAUAGAGUGAUGAAGAAUGGGAAAUGUGUCGUAGACUGCCACCCGGAGUGUGAUGGAUGCAUUCCACCAAAGACCCCUGGUUCGGAGCUUGAUACAGAGUGUCGCCGUUGCAAGCACUUCACAAUCGACAAGAACGAAGGAGGAACUAAAUGCGUUCCAGACAAGGAAGAAUGCCCACCGUCUUCCAUAGUUGAUCCGAUAAAGAAGACAUGCAAGUGUCCGGGCAACAAAGUACUGAGCGUUGACGGAAAGGCAUGCACAUGCCCCUUUACUGACGUUGAUCAAGCUGGGAAAACAAUAUGUGUCUUGAAAUGUCCCGACAUGAAGAAACCAAACGGCGGCAGCCAAUCCCCAAAAUGUGUGUGCAAAUUUACCUACAAUGGGGUGUGCGUUUCAAAGUGUCCAAUAGACACCAUUCUUGACGGCAACAAAUGUAAAAUACACUGCCAGAUUGGAAACGGAAUAUCUUACAGGGGCACAGUCUCUGUGACCAUAUCAGGCAAAACAUGUGACUCUUGGAGCCGCUACAGCCGCUUAAACAGCUGGAUACCGGCAGAAGUGUUGAAGGACAAGAACUACUGUAGGAACCCAGCUGGCGAGCGCAACGGUGUUUGGUGCUACGCUAAUGUUGGAGAUAAUCCCUAUAGAGCGGAGGAAUGCUUCGUACCGAGAUGUGGCUGCUAUGAUGGAACAGGAGCAUCUCACGGAAAACCACGCUGUCGUAAGUUAUUUUUCAUUGAACUUGUAUGAGACCUUCUGCAUCAAGCCUCAUCCAAUUGUGCUAUUUCAGGUUUGGCUUAUUUUUAACAUAGAGGAAUAAGAUUUGUUCAUACUAGGUACAAACAGAUGCCCCAAUGUGUACUUAGUACACCUUGUGAUGGCUCACCUUUCGGUUCAUCAUUAGACACAAAU